GGUCCUGGGUCGAGCGACCCAGUGUUUGGGUUUAUGUAUCUUUUAUAUUCUUUUGUGCCUUAGCUUAGUUCACCUUGCUUAUUUCUAGAUUGCAAUUUAGCCUUGUUCCCUUAUGUCAUCUCCCCCUGCACUUAGUCUCCCUGGUUUCUGCGUCUACGUUUCUUGUCUAUGCAGUUAUGUUUAGUUCAUGUCAUAUUUUAUCUCCAUGCCUAAUCUCUGUUUCCUGUUUUACUUUGAAAGUCUGUAUUCUAUGUCAGUGUAUUUAGUUUCACUUCUCCUGUCCUGUUGUUAGGUUCAUGUGUGUCAGCUGUGUUCCCAUGUGUGGCCACUUCCCCUGAUUAUCCCUCAUGUGUAUUUAGUCUCUGUGUUUCAUGCAGUCUGUGUCGCGUCGUCUGUGUUCCUACCCUCCAUGUUGUAUCAGUCAGCCUUUGUACUCAUAGUUCUGGUUACCUGUAUCUUCAUAGUUUAUCCUAGUAUUACUUUCCCAGUUUAGUUAUAGUUUAGUUUUGUCACUGCGCUUCUGCCUUGUUUUCACCAGCCACAAUAAAGGCUCGCUUUUGUUUAAAGUUCACUCCGUAUCCUCACUUGUGUUCGCACCUGGGUCCAUCACGCACACCACCGCACGGUCUGCCUCCGCAGAUCGUGACAGUACGACGCGACCAUGCCGGACCCAGCGACACAACAGACGGAGAUCAUCCGGACAGUGGAGUCACUAUGCGACAAGUGGCUGCACUGUUCCAGAGAGGAGGAACGGGAAGAGUUAGCCCGCCAAGUAGGAGUGUGCGUGUCCGUGUUCCCCUGGUUAUGGGAGACGCUGCACCCCCUCAUCAGUGACUUUCUCGUCUCCACUCUCCGACUCCGCCCGCAGCAGCAGCUGCCCGGUGUGCGUGAAUCGUCGCCAGAGCCAUGCAGUUGCAUUGUUACCCCGCUGCCUCACGAGCCAGAAACAGUCAGAGUCGGAACAGUGAGGCUCGCUGCCGACACACCGUCGGUUCGCGCUUCGUCGGCUUCCGCAUCUUCGCCAUCGCCUGACUGCACUACGCGGCGUACGGAGAUGCCAGAGGCUAUUGACUUCGGUGAGGAAGAGAAGCAGCAGGUGUUACGGGCGUAUCGCGAGGACGAGCUCCGUUGGAAGCCCUGGCUCAUCUCCGAGGAGGAGCUCUCGCCAGCCGCCCCGUCUCGGACCUGCCGCCCACCCUCGCCGCCUCGAUCGGACUACUCGUCUCCGGCUUCCUACCUAGCACGGAUGUGGUCGGAGGACGAGGAGCUGGUCGCCGUGGAAAGUCAAGUUUUAUCCACGGCCGCUUCAAGGAGGAAGCGGCGUUCACGCCGCCGUCGCGCAUCGCUACGGCCUGUUUUGCCCUCCACUGAGCAACACGAGGAUAUUGUGGAGGGCACGGAUUUCGACCUCGAGGAGCGGCAGCGCGCCGUAUGCGCGCAACUAGAAGAAGAGCUCCGGUGGGAGCCGUGGCUCGCUCCUAACUACGAAGAGAUUUUCCGCGGAACUCGCCUGGCUCUCGGGGGUCCCGUGAGCUUCCAGGAACUCUCACCUACCGCUCCGUCAUCACCCAGUUCCCCAGCCUCUGCGACACCGGCUGGUGCGCAUGAGGCGCCGCUGUCUGGUUCGUCGGAAACGACAAUCAAGAAGAGACAACGUGCGCGUCGCCGUCGCACUGCACAACGACCGGAGGUGAGUGAAUGCAGUCUCUUAUCAUCAGCCCCCGUUGAAACUGUAGAAGAACUAGAUUCAAAACUUCAGAUUCAAGAGUCAAGGUUAAAAGAGACUCAUAGCGUGAAGAUGGCUGACUCUAGUACUGAGAAUGGUAUGGUCAGUUCGUCUGGCUUCUAUGAACAAGGAGUAAGACCCACACAGGCUGUGAAUCCCAGCACUGGAGAGUUUCCGCCUGUGCUCUUGUCACCUCCACCCAAACAGGAGUUUGACUGUCCAGCCCCUAAGCCGAUUUGGGAAUCCCCGGUUUCGUGUGUGUCUGUUAACGAAAAUAAAGAGACUGUUUCAGAAUCAGCCAGUGCUAACUUUAGGCUGAGUAAUGCACCGCUAACCGAGCCACAGCCAAGAGAUUUUGUUUCAAAGACAAUCAUGGACAAACCUAGUAAUCCUGUAGGGACCUCUGACACUACACUUAGUUUGAAAGAGACUUCCACAGACCUUAAUGUUAAUUGUGUGGGGAGUGGGGUGGAAGUGUUUUCUUCUGUGUCAUGUAACGUGCCUGGUGUUCCAUCACAGACUGGGUUAUCUGUGGCUAAUGCCUCCCUUCCUGAGCCUGCUCUGCCCACCAAUAAGCUACUCGAAGAAGGCCCCUGUGCUUUCAUAGCAAGUAAGGCUAUGUCAGAGGAGGCAGGUCAUGAGAUAAAGUAUGAAAGGACUGUGUGUGAGAUGAUGUGUGACCAUGUUUUGCCUGCUGUUCCUAUAUCCAAUGAACUGAAGACUGAAGAUGCUGAUCAUGAACUCACGUUAAUCCGCCAAGACGAAAACAUAAAUGCAGAUCAUGGUAACCUGGACUGUGUAAUGCCACAACAUGAAUUCUGUCUUCCUGAAGGUAACAAACAGGGCGAUUUUGAACUGUUUUGCUCCAGCACUAUUACCUCCAAUCAGGAGAUGGAGGCUGACAUCAGGGUUAAUGUGACACCGUUUUCUCCUGUUUCCGUGAACUCAUCACUAGAUAAGGUUUUGACCUUGAACAACGGUGUUUCCACUCAUUCACAGCCUGAUGUGUCACCUGCUGCAGUUAAGGGUUCAAGUGCUGUUUUACCUGUGUCUGUCUCUCAACUCAAUAGAGCUAUCACUCUGAAGCCACAGAUCUCUACGGGUGCGGGUUCCAGCAAAUGUGUCUGUCCAACAUAUCACAGCCAUGCUACUAACAUGCCAUUAGUUAGGUCCAUACCCGAGUAUUUAAUGUUUGUCCAGGAACCUCACCCUAAUGGUCUAAGCCUUGUUUUUGUGGGUGAGGUGGCAAUUCUUGUUUUUCGUAUAGCUAAUCCAGCCCCUCUGAGCCUUACACUGUCAUCGAUCAGGUCCAACAAGCUUAGGUCGACUCCUCCUGUGACUACAGAGACUGGGCCAUUUGCCUUUAAGCCAGUUAAAACUGAUGCAGACCCUGAGAACCUAAAGCUUGCUAGCACAGAACUGGUGGUCAUUAACACUGCUCACUUCAUGGACUCCUGUGCUAAGAUAGUAAGCCCUAUAGACUGUUUCUCACCUGCUCUCUCUCUGUGUGGGAUUAUGCCUCAACAGCCCGUUUUUCCUCAGCUCCCUGUCCAGUCAGCGGCUCAGCUCCCUGUCCAGUCAGCGGCUCAUUCUGUAUCUGCUGCUGGAUGCCCGGGUGUGCCAACCUGGCACCCCGCAGCAUCCCCGCUGCUUCACGCCACGUCAGCUGGAGGGCCCGAGGAGCCCGUCCAGCAACCGGCCACGUCAGCUGGGGGUUCAGGAGAACCGCACCAGCCUCAUGCCACGUCAGCUGGAGGCCCGGGGAGCCCGUCCAGCCUCAUGCCACGUCAGCUGGAGGGCCGGGGAGCCCGUCCAGCCUCAUGCCACGUCAGCUGGAGGGCCCGGGGAGCCCGUCCAGCCUCAUGCCACGUCAGCUGGAGGGCCCGGGGAGCCCGUCCAGCCUCAUGCCACGUCAGCUGAAGGGCCCGGGGAGCCCGUUCAGCAACCUUCCUCGUCAGCUGGAGGGCCCGGGGAGCCCGUCCAGCCUCAUGCCAUCUCCGCUAACGGGUCUGGUGGUUCCGUUCAGCCGCCACCUGCUCCACCACCUGCG